GCAAAAUUAAUAAAACCCAACCCUUCCCUUCCCGCUGUUUCCUCACAUUCUUUUCUUUCAAUCCAAUUUUGGAUCUCUCAUACUCUCUCUCUCUCUCUCUCUCUCUACAAUUUUUUAUUUCUAUUUUUUUAAAAUUGUAUUUGCAAUAUAUAUAUAUACAUAUAUAUAUAUAUAUAUCUAUAGUAAGAAACCCUAGAAACCUAAUUUUAUCACAUUGCUUUUGAUUCUCGUCACUAUCAGGUGGAAACAGCAUUAGGUAUUUAGAUUUCUGAGGGGAUUAUAUAUUUAUAGGUUUAUAUAUAAUAAUUUGAAUUUUGUGAGGAGAUAAGAGAAUGGAGGGGACACCGAAUUUGGCUGCGAGAACAGUAGAGGAUGUGUUUACGGACUUCAGAGGCAGAAGGUCUGGCUUGAUCAAAGCUCUAACCACUGAAGUUGAGAAGUUCUAUAAGCUGUGUGAUCCGGAGAAGGAGAACCUGUGUCUAUAUGGACUUCCAAAUGAGACAUGGGAAGUCAAUCUGCCUGUUGAGGAGGUGCCUCCUGAACUUCCUGAGCCAGCACUUGGUAUAAACUUUGCUAGGGAUGGGAUGCAAGAGAAGGACUGGUUAUCACUUGUUGCGGUUCAUGGUGAUUCUUGGUUGCUGUCUGUUGCAUUUUACUUUGGUGCGCGCUUUGGGUUUGAUAAGAAUGAAAGGAAAAGGCUUUUCCAGAUGAUAAAUGACCUUCCAACUGUAUUUGAAGUUGUCACAUUAAAUGUUAGGCAGUCAAAAGACAAAUCGGCUGCUAAUGACAACAGUGGCAAAAGCAAAACAACUGUAAAGAUGCAAUCUAGGCAAGCUGAUCCCCAGCCUCGGGGAGUAAAAAUGUCUCCUCCACCUAAAGAUGAGAACGAGAGUGGGGAGGACGAAGAAGAAGAUGAGCAGGCAGCAACGCUGUGUGGAGCUUGUGGAUUAAACACCGGCAGUGAUGAAUUCUGGAUAUGCUGCGAUGUGUGCGAGAUAUGGUUCCAUGGCAAAUGUGUAAAGAUUACACCUGCAAAGGCGGAGCAUAUCAAGCAGUACAAGUGCCCUAGUUGCAGUAGCAAGAGGGCUAGAGUUUGAAUCUAGAUUCUGAAGUGGGAAAGCAACAACAAUCAAACGAGGCACAAAACAUUUAGAAUUUGUUUAUACUUUUUCUAAAGGGUACAAGGCAAAGUAGUGAUUACUCUAACUAUGCUUCUCUAUUUGUUUAAAUUCACUGGAUCGUAUAUUCUAACGAUACACUCCGCUGCUAGACUUAUAAAUAGAAGGUAGUGCAAUUUUCUUUC